GUUCUUCAGCACCUGUGGCAGCAGCAGCGAGUCGAGUGACCCCGCUCCAGGCCGACCGGCUUCACCUGUACAUGGAGACCCCCAGCUGGGCAGGAAACACGUUGUGUAAGUCAGGAAGCAUUGCCGUCUUCGGGAACGUGGUGUACAGCGGCCUGCUGAACGAGCACCUCUGGCAUUUGGGAGUGCCCCUCUUUACGAGACUGGGUAACCAAGAGGCCACCAACCCUCCUGAAGCGAUGGCCCAGCCCUACACCCCGGCCCAGUACCCGCCUCCCCCACAGAAUGGCAUCCCCGCGGAGUUUGCGGCGCCGCACCCGCUCCCGACGCAGGACUACACCGGGCAGAGCCGGGUGCCCGAGCACGCCAUGACCCUGUACACGCCCACACAGACGCACAGCGAGCCGGCCGGCACUGACAACAGCACGCCCGCCAUCACCGCCACCACGACCGCACCGGUCAGUGCCGCUCAUCACCUGCAAACACUGUUCUCAACAUGCUGUCAGCAAACAGAUGACGUGACGCAAACGGAGGGCUCUCAGCAGCUCCAGCUCCAGCACUCAGACUCUUCAGAGAAGCAGCAGCCGAAGAGGUUACACGUCUCCAACAUUCCCUUCCGCUUCCGGGACCCAGACUUGAGGCAAAUGUUCGGGCAAUUUGGAAAGAUUUUAGAUGUGGAGAUUAUCUUUAAUGAGCGAGGAUCCAAGGGCUUUGGGUUUGUAACUUUUGAAACGAGCACAGACGCCGAUCGCGCACGGGAGAAACUAAACGGUACAAUCGUAGAGGGACGCAAAAUCGAGGUGAACAACGCAACCGCACGAGUGAUGACAAACAAAAAGGUGGCCAACCCUUACACAAACGGCUGGAAGCUGAACCCGGUAGUAGGAGCCGUCUACGGGCCUGAACUGUACGCCGUAACAGGGUUUCCCUACCCUGCCACAGGCGCUACGGUGGCCUACAGGGGUGCCCACUUGCGGGGAAGGGGACGGGCUGUGUACAACACAUUCCGCACAGCUCCACCACCUCCACCAAUCCCUGCUUAUGGAGCGGUGGUGUACCAGGAUGGCUUCUACGGCGCGGAGAUCUAUGGCGGCUAUGCAGCAUACAGAUUUGCCCAACCCACCACCACCGCUGCUUACAGUGACAGCUAUGGCAGAGUCUAUGCAACAGCAGACCCCUACCACCACACGAUUGGCCCUGCCGCCACAUACAGUGUGGGGACCAUGUAAAUACAAAACGAAGAGCUGUACUCAGUAUUGAUGGACAUCACAGAUGAAAACAACGAAGAGCGGAGAACUAGCUUUAAGAAAAUAACACAAGAAGAAGACGAAAAGGAGUCCCUCUACUGAGGCUGGCGAGGGAAGACGGGAGGCGUACAAAGUGGCGCCACGGCAGUGGUGUCAACCAGCCACAAACUUGACAGAUGGAGUGAGCCAGUUUCCACCAGGGACCACCUUUUUGCCGGGUAGAAAAAAGACAGAGAGAGAAGGAAGUGUCCCAUUAUUAUAAAACAUUUUAUUUUUCUAUACUUUUGUGAUUUACAAUGGUAAAAAAAAAAAAGUGUGUAUAAAGCAGUAUAUAUGUACAAAUCUGUUUUUAUGUUUUUUGGUAAGGGAGAUGAACAGUUGGCCCUUGAUGCUGAUUCUGUGGUAUGCAGGAAGGAGGAGGGAGGAUGAUCCUCCCCCAACCCCCACCUCCUCUCUCUAUGGCACACUGCUCUGAGGUCGUGUAAAAAAAAAAAAAAAAUACAAAUAAAACAUGAAAUGAAAGAAAAAAAAACAACAACAAAAAACAAAAAGGUGGCAGGGAGCGCUCGGCAUCCAAGGCAGAUGCACUUUCUACGCUGUACUUCCUGCGGCCGGAGUCUCGCGGCUCCGCCUUCUUCCUUCCAACCUCCUUCCUUCCUUUCCUUCGUUUUCUGGGCCGACGGAGAUGACGCCGCCGCCGCUUCCUGCUUGUCGCGGCGUCGUCGGCCCGCAGCGCCUACUGUUAGCAGCGUCCCCCGUGGAUACUGUCGUGAUGUCACUUCCUUUUUUGGCAGCACCAUUGGGCAUCCCCGCCCUCCCCAAUGGGCAGCGACACUGGUUUACAGCUUUGGGGAGUGGGGGGGUUGAGCCACGGCGGGACGGUGAGACGGUAUACAGCCGAGCCUCCCCGUCUGCCCCUCUCCACGCCCCAGCAGAGGUCACUGACUUAAGGACUACUUCGAGAAAAAUGGCGCAGAAGCCACUGACUUUGUUCACCUGCCAGACUCCGAGCCCAAGCCUUUGUGUCACCGUGCACCGACGGACGAACUGUCAGACCAACACGAAAACAAGGUGCGUACAACUACCAAGGAUGCACGUUUCCAUCCGACGAGAAUAACUCAUCAACAUCCAUGUAACAAAUUGAAUUAUAAUCGAGUAAUCCCAUUGUACUACAUCAGCAGGUGCAUAACCAAAACACAAGCCUGAGGCAUAUAGACUGUGUCGCUAGAUAAAACAUUAUAGAAAUACAGUAGUGCCCAUCCAACAGUAUCAAAGGAACGAGGGCUGAAAUAUGUGAUUUCUUUCGUCAAUGUAUUCUGAGAAUAUUUGUGUUUUUUUUUUUUUUUCAGCACUCAAAACUUUUGAACAGAAAAAAAGCGUUUUAAUUUUGUGAAAGCAGAACCUUAAUUCUUUAUAUCAGGAGUCACUGUAAACGUGUUUAAUCAAGAAUGUUGGUUCAGUUUUUGAAUGUACUUUAAUGUCUAGGGUGUCCAAUAAGUAUGUAUUCUUUUUUCUGUAUAUAAAUAUAUAUACAUAUCUAUUAUAUGGGCUGUGGUGAUGUCAGGGAAUAGAGGGGGUGGCAGGAAAGCCUCCGGCCCCCCGAGCAUAGUUAUCAGAACCCCCUCCAACUAAAUAUGUCCCUGAUAUUUACUGUAACAUGUGACCAUGUGCUAUAUGAUUGAAAGUGUGACGGUGAUAGUGUGAACUGAUCUCCCCUGAAUCCCACCUUUGCCACAAACACACGCACUGUGCAGAUUCUCACAGACGAACAACACAUGCUGGAUUUACAGACUCGACCCCGAACAUCGUUGCCCCGCUCAGAGCAAAGCGUCAUCUCCCCACUUUCUAGCUGAUCCUUCAGAGACAAAAAAAAAAAGGUUUACAUCUGCAGCAACUCUGACCCUGCAACCUGGAGCUGCAAAGACUUCCUAAUUAGCGUAAGGUGUUGUGGGUGUCGGAUAAAAAGUUUAUGAAUAUUGAUUUCUCUUUCUUACUCGAACCAAAGUAUGAUUUGAACACGCGGGCUCAGUGCUCUUUGAUCAGGAGACAGCGGGACUCUUAGAUGACGGCGGAGCCCGGAUGCAUAUUGACGUGACCCAGAUUUCAUUCACUCGUCGCUGCGGAGGAAGAGCUCACUUUUCAGCCGAUCUAACGAGCUGUGCUGAAGAAGCCCGGCUCGCGGCUUCCUGUGGCGGCCUCGGUUUACGAACCGCUGGUCUCAUGCUGGCCGUGGUGGGCGGGCGGUUGGUUUUUACUGCAUAUUGGAUAUAACCUGCUGGCCCUGAGGAGAAACUUUUUACUUUUUUUUUCUUUUUUUUUUUUUUUUUAAUCAGAGGUGAGCAGGUUUGGGUGAAGCACAACUUAGUUUGAGAGUUCAGGGUACACUACUUGGUUAGUGGUGGUUUGCGGAGAGGGAAAGAAUAGCUUAAGCUCCUGACUUCCUGUACAAAACUACACAGUGUACUGUUAAUAUUCUGUACAGUAAAUCUCACCUCACACUUCUUGAUUAACUUUCAUCCUCUUUCAGGUUAAAAAUAACAAAAAAAAAAAUAGACUACUUGUUCUGAAUCAGGGCUCCUACCCACACGACCUCUGUUCAUCUGUAGACAGCUUCCCAUAUAUUACAGAGUAUCUAUAUCAUGGCAACUAACUGUUGUGAAGUCUAAUUGGGGUAAACUCGGUCAUUUGUUCUCCCGCACAGCUUCCAUCUGCAGAUUUAGCAUCUUCAUACCUGUUGGUUUGUUUCUGAGAGUCAACUGAUUGUUCUGGCCUACUUACGGCUCCGCAGACUGGAGGUGGGUCAGAAAACUCAGGAGCAGGUUGGAGUUUUAGUUUGCCGAGAACUUCCAGGGAGCCAGAGAUAAAGAGCCACAGUUUGUUUUCCUCUUUCGUUUCGUCACAUAGCUGGAACUUGUCCACUGAAUUAUCUAUGCAUAUUGCAACAAAAACACUUUGAUGUCAUGUGUGAUGGGCACAUUUUCUGAAAGAACACUGUUGUGUACUUAUUCUAGUUAGCUACUAGCAGAUCAAAUCUGACGGGAUGAAGCUGGUAUUAUUAUUAUUAUUACGUGUUUUAGUUUUGUCAACAAAUCUUAAGAAAAAGUGAAAAAAAUGUGUGUUUGUCUCCGUACUCUGACUUAGUUACACUGUUUUUACAAACGAGAAAAAGCUAAACAAAAAGUGUAGUUUUUAGCAGAUGUUACUCUAAUAGUAGGUAAGCUCAAGUGCAUUUCUUGGGGACUAUUUUCAGCAGCGGAUGAAUUCACAAAAGGUGCUGUUGUGAGUGUUUGUGUCGGCAGACGUGAUAAAGGAACGUUUCUCCACCUGCAGCAGUGUCGAUGUAUUUUACUUUAGGGAACCAUGGAGGUCUGUGCAUCUCUGUUCUGGUUCAACCUUUUUAAAUGCUGUUUUUAUCAUUUAUUUUGGGUUUUAAAAAUCAAAGGACGUAGCAUUACUUUGGAGGAGUGAUGCAAAAGAUAUCAAGCUGUCUCUGCUUUAGUUUAUGCAAACCAAAAGAACAAAAAAAAAAAGAUUGGAGGUUUGAAAAUAGCAACAUUUGCAGUGAAUUGUGCAAAAGAAAUGACACAAUCUUCAUUUGUUUCUCGUAUUAACUGUUGUAGAUGUAGAAAUAGGAAAUAGGGGCUGUGUGCAAUGUUGCCAAUCUAAGUAUUCUCCUGAUGUUUACCAACAGCUCAUUUUCACAGAGGAAAAAAAAAAAAAAGAACACUGAACCAACGACACUUCUGUCACUUCUUCUACAGUACUUGUUUCAAACGUAUAUGCAGCUUUGCAGCGAACUUUAAACUGCAGGUUUUGUAAAAAAAACAAUUAAAUAAAAAUGAAGCAAAAACAAAUUGAAGAGAAGAUAAAACUCCUUUUAGAGAUGUGGUAAAGGAGAGUCCCAUCCAGCUUGCAGGUUAGCUCCUGUACUACAGCUCUUAAUGCAUGAAGGUAUUUUGUUAUAUUUUUUCCAUUUACCCGCUACAGCUCCCAUGAAAACUCUCGUUGACAGUGUGUAGCUGCCACAGCCUCAUGUGAGCUGUAGUUGAAAACCAAGAAAAAAAAAAAAAUGUAUAAAAGAUGAAUUUUAUUGCCUUAGAAUUUUUAUCCAGUUGAUAUGAGAAAUACUAAAUAGAUUUUAAAUGUUUUAAUGGAAGUAGUUAGACGUUAGCAGUGUUGAUAGCUGCACCAGCAGCAGUGGUGAGGUCUACAUUGGGGGAAAAUACUGUUUUUUAACUUUUAGGGCCGUUUUUGUUUUCCACUGUGGUUGUUUGUCUCUGCUCGCUGGCCAACACUCUGAACCCGAAACUGCGUCCAGAGCAGUCCUGCCUUUGAGGAAAAGGAAAAGGCCGAUCUAAAACUCCAGCCUGCGCCGUAGCAGUGGGAUGGAGCGGGGGGUGGGGUGGGGUUACAGCGACCCUCCCUUCCUUCCUUCAGAUGCCUUUAAGUUUAAAAACAACAACAACAACAAAAAAAAAAAGACUGGUCCUGAUCUUCCUGAGCACGACUGCUUGAGCUGUGACACUCGCAGGCUGCCCCUCGCUUCCAUCACACCCCACACAGCACCCUCCCAUCCCCAGCCUUCAAGUAUGUGAGUCUACUGGCCCCUUUUGUAUUCCUGGUGUUCUGUACAUAAUAACCUUCCCCCCCAAAACUGAUCUUACUUCCUUCAGCUGUCCUUUCAGGGGGAAAAAGAAGAAGAAAGAAAGAAAGAAAGAAAAAAAAAUACAUUAAAAAGAAAAAAAAACGGACUAUCCUCUGACUCCCGAAAUCUUGUAUUUUGUUCUAACGAUGACAAAAUUUAUUUAUAAGGGAUUUUUUUAAAAUCUAUCUCUUUCUCCUUUUUGUAAAUGUUCCAGUUAAAUAAUGUUUAAAAAUGUUAAAAAACUAAAUGGAUAUAUUGAAAGGUUAAAAAAAAAAAAUGUCUCUAGAAGUCCCUGCCCCCUCCUCUGGCUCUGUACUCUGAACUUUGUGUUUUUGUUUUUUCUCUUUCUGUAUGCUUCUCUUUACGUGCUUCAGAUGAAGAGUUCUAUUUAUUAUGACAUCAACGUUAUUAUAAUUAUGACUAAUUAUUAAUAUUAUCAUCCUCAUCAUCCUCAUUAUUAUCAUUAAUAAACUUGUCUACUUCA